GAAGGCAUCAGUGUUUAGUUUGUGCAGUCGAACCUGGAGCAGUGACAGAUGAAUUGUCGAAAAUAGAGGAAAAGGGAACGCGGGCGACUCUCCCGUGCACACACAAAAACAUGUUUCCUAAAGGCAAAAGCUCCGUCGUGCCAUCGGAUGGUCAAGCUCGGGAAAAGUUAGCUUUGUAUGUUUAUGAGUAUUUGUUACACAUCGGUGCUCAGAAGUCUGCGCAGACUUUCCUGUCAGAAAUCCGAUGGGAAAAGAACAUCACGCUAGGAGACCCUCCUGGAUUCCUGCAUUCCUGGUGGUGUGUCUUUUGGGACCUGUACUGUGCUGCUCCUGAGAGGAGAGACACGUGUGAACAUUCAAGUGAGGCAAAGGCAUUCCAUGACUAUAGUGCCGCAGCAGCCCCCAGUCCUGUUCUUGGGAACAUGCCACCAGGAGAUGGCAUGCCAGGUGGACCCAUGCCCCCUGGAUUCUUCCAGGGCCCUCCCGGCUCCCAGGCUUCCCCUCACGCUCCUCCUCCCCCUAACAGCAUGAUGGGACCCCACGGCCAGGCAAAAUGUCAGUGUAAGGGUUUUAUGACAGGUUGUGAUGUGUUGCAGCCUUUUAUGUCACCUCGCUUCGGUGGGGGACCAAGACCACCCAUCAGAAUGGGCAACCAGCCUCCAGGUGGAGUUCCAGCUGCCCAGCCAAUGCUCCCAAACAUGGAUCCUAGACUACAGGGGCCGAUGCAGAGGAUGAAUGUUUCCAGAGGAAUGGGUCCUAUGGGCCCUGGUCCCCAGAAUUUUGUAGGAGGGAUGAGACCACCACACAACUCUAUGGGUAUGCCAGGAGUGAACAUGGGGCCUGGAAAUGGCAGACCACCAUGGCCAAAUCCAAAUGGCAACAAUAUGCCAUAUUCAUCACCAUCUCCUGGUGCUUAUGGGGGUCCACAAGGAGGAGGGCCACCAGGAACUCCUGGAAUUGUCCCUAGUCCAGCAGACUCUAACAACUCCAGUGAAAACCUGUACACCAUGAUAAACUCUGGAGGAGGACGCAACAGUUUUCCCAUUGGCCCAGGCUCUGAGGGCCCUCUAGGGGCCAUGGCAGGAAUGGACCCAAUGCAUAUGAAUGGAGGUUCAGGAGACUUGGAUGGACUUCCAAAGAAUUCUCCCAACAACAUGGGUGGCAUGAGCAAUCCACCCGGGACCCCUAGAGAUGAAGACGUAGGAGGCAGCUACCUUCACUCUUUCCAGAAUGAGAAUCAGUACUCUCCCUCCAUGACAAUGAGCGUCUGAUGCCAGUCUGUUUGCUCAGACUUGGAAACUCUGAUGGGCUUCUAUGGCACUGAGUACUUGUACAGGAAAUGGAAUUGGGUGGGACUGCCCUGGAUCCUCAAGUGGUCUCAUGCAAUAUUAAAAUGACAUUUGUUGUUCCUUUUUUUUUUUUUUUUUUAAUGGCUAGCAAACUUAUUCUCCUCUCAGAUCAGAAAAUCUUAAUGUGACUCGAUGCUCUUGGAAUUGUUUCCCCUCCCUCUCCCCUCUGAGGUCAAUCUCUCAUUAAGAAGCAAAGUGGUUACUGCUGACAUAAUCUCUGUAUGCGAGUACAUUUUUGUACCGAAGAGGAAUAUCGCAGUUCACUCUCGAAUCCGACAUCCAUGUCCAACUUCAGCAUGGUUUACACGUACAAAACUUCCUCCGACGUUUUGACACUGAACUCUCAUACGUGGCCUUGAAUUCUGUUAAUAUUUGAAUGCCUUUCGAUGACCAGUUUUUAUUUUUCUUCAGUGAAAUGCAUCAAGUGGUGAGAGAGUUCAGUCUUUUCUGAAUGGGAAAGACUCACAGUUGUAUUUUACUUGUACACUGUCAUUUUUGUCUUUUAAGCAUUAUAAGCAGCUGCUUUUAACAAAUAACUGCAUUGACGGGUCCCGACCUGAAGAUUUUUCUCUGCACUGAUUUAAUGUUCACUUUUAUUUUUCUGAAAUUGUGACUGCUGACACAGUCUUUGGUCAAAGACUGAUACAUUGAUCCUCUCAGAUGCUGACCCUGACAAACGUACUACCUACGAGACCUUCACCUCUCAGAGUUCCUGAGGCGGGUGACUGGAUUACCCGCUUGGAGGUGUCUCCCUGCAAAAUGUUCGGCCAUCGUUGCAUUGAUUGUCAUAAUGAAUUUGUGAUGGUUGAAGAUACCCAUAUCAUGUUUUUUUUUAUAUAUAUGUAAUUCUCUGCCAUGUGCCUCUGUUGUUUUAGCUUUGAUAAUGGAGACUGGUUAUGCGGCCCUAUUACAGAGGCCUCAUCCCGGAAGGAUGUUGCUUGUGUAAGCCAGACUGUAGCGUGUUCGGAUUUUUGUAUUUGGUUUUAUUUGAGCAACGUCAGACACGGUCAUAAUACAGUUAGAAUGGUAACUUAUUCUAUUUAUGCAGACAUUUGGUAAUGGUUUUACUUUUAGUAGUUGUUUUGCACUGCUUUUGUUAGCUUGUGCGUCAUACUUUUAACUAUGGGCUAAAUAGGCUUGUUUAUAUAUUGACUACUAAAUUAUUUGGCUCUUUUUUUGAGGAUAUUUUAUCUUUGUUUUUCGAUCCAUCAUUCAUACUAAUGCAAACAAAAGCGGUUUUUGAAAAUCUUUCAGUGUACCUUUAGUUUCCAGCUAAUUGCUUUUAAGAGAAAAGGGAAAACCUAAUGUGAAAUGAUUUUAACUUUGGAAAACUAUGUAAAGAUCUUCUUUUAAGGUAGCAUCUCUCCAGAGGGCCAAGGUCCAGCCAUUUGAUUUCCAUGUAAAUCAGCCUCUUUAAAUCAGUGAACCAGUUUUGAUGUAAGAUAAAGUUGUUCCCAAAUUGUCUCAGGCCUCUGUCUGUUCCCUUAU